AUGAAUGUUUUCAAAUAUGAAUUUACUAAAAGUGCUAGAAUAAAAAGAAUUUUACUUAAUGUAGUUUUUGGAGUGUAUUCUUUUUCCUUUAUUGAUACAAACAUUCAACUAAAAAAACAUGGCAAAGAAGUGAAUGAUUAUCAAAUUUUAUUGGUACUAGCCCCUAUAGGCAUGAUAGGACUACUUAACUAUUCAAUGAGUCGUUUUGUGACACAAUUAAAAUAUAUUAAAAAGAACAAUUCAUUUAUAAUUAGAAGAGGAAGCAUAUUUUUAAAUCGGGUUAAAGAAGAAACAGUUAGUCUUCAAAAUAUGAAAUGCAAUACUUUAAAUGCAAGUAAUAAAGGUAUCUUACUAGUAAAUAAAAAAGAUACGUUUAUUCCAAGGAUAUGGUAUUUAUCUCAUGACGGUAAAUACAUUGGGAAUUCCAAUUCAAGUAUAAUACAGACUUUUUUAUCUAAACAUUCUUCUCAAGCAAUUAUUGAUCCUAAGAAAGAUAUACAUACGAAAAUUAAUAUUGCACAGGAUAUAGUUGAGAAGACCAAGAAAAAAACAUGA